UAUAUACAUACGCCUGUCUCCAUAAUUUAGCCCAGCAACUACCAAAACCCGACUCUUCUUUCUUCAUAAAUCUUUUUUAUAUAUAUACUACCUACUUAUUCAUAAGGGAAACUCACAUAUAUUUCCUUCGUUGCACAACAAUGGUGAACAAAAAUGAACAAUAUGAGCGUGUCUUUAAUCACUUUGAUGAGAAUGGAGAUGGGAGGUUAUCACCGAGUGAGAUACAGCAAUGUGUUAGGGCGAUAGGCGGAGAGCUCUCUCUUGCUGAAGCGGAGGCAGCUGUUGAGUAUACAGAUUCUGACGGAGACGGGUUGCUUGGUUUUGAGGAUUUUGUUAGGUUUCUCGAAGGAGGUGAAGAAGAAGAGAAAGCGAACGACUUGAAAGAGGCCUUUAAGAUGUAUGAAAUGGAAGAAACUGGGUGUAUUACUCCUAGGAGUCUGAAGAGGAUGCUUAGCAGAUUAGGUCAGUCUUCCACUCUUGAUCAAUGCAAGACUAUGAUUGCUCAGUUUGAUCUUAAUGGUGAUGGUGUACUCAAUUUUGAUGAGUUUAAGGUUAUGAUGUUAUGAGGAGGAGGAGGCUAUUCAUACAGCCUUACCCUGACAUGACAUUUAUUGAUUCAUUUGUUGUACAUAUGAUUAUUUAUUCAUCAUUUAGUCAUUCAGAUUGCAAUAACAAAUAUGCCUCUGGCAUUUUGAUCGGUA